UGCACGUGUACGGGUAUACACCCAGAAACGCCCAUCGCGAGCCCUCCCGCCGCUUCCUCGCCGCAGACGUUCCGCGGCAACCAACUGGACAACCAGCCCUGUCUGGUUUCACGGCGUCGCACACUACGGCUCCGUCGAGAAAGACCCGCGUCUCCACCAGCAGAUCCGCGACCGAAAGGUAUUUCCACGUUCCACACGCCGGUACGUGUCACGAGCCGGAAGGACGGCCUUCUUAUUCUCGCCGCGGAUACCUCCGACUGCUGAACAUUGGACACUACAAGCAACCCGUCCAAGGAGGACCUGUACGCGACUGUUGCCGCGUUCAGGACAUCAGUGACAUCGCUGCAUGGCUCUCCUAGGAAACCUCCGACCGAUUAAGGAUCAGGAAACAUGUGAGAGUGCCUGUUAGGGAUAGUACAGCGAGAACCACAGAAGGAUACAUCACGUCGGACAAUGGCAAGACACUCCCAACAGGGACUCGCGGAUUGAGACUAAGGAUUCGCUCGUUCAAUGAGUGUAGGGUCCGUUUGAGAUAGUUUGUGGUGUAAUAUCACCGAAAAGUCUACAAGAAAGAACGGAGUGACCAUGGGAAUGGAACGGAGUGUCAAUGUCGCUCGCGAACAGUCCGCGAAACUGUCCGUCGGAAUGCAGCAGGGUAGGAACGCAGCUUAGCUAGACCCCAAAACGUCCAAGUAAUCAUCGAAAGUGUGAAAUUGCGAGAAAAUAUCAAGUAAAAGGUUUACACUAAAUCGUCGUGUUACGACCGGCCUGAUCGAUCAUGUCCAUCAAGAAGAAGUCGUGAAAGAGCGUCUCGAGUAGCUCGUGACAAGGACACAGAGCCGAGGAUGACGUCGAUCAGUGCUACACGGAGCGUUUCAGGGUAGGUCGUGCCAGACGAUGUGAGAACUCUGGGGGGAAAUUGGUAGUCGAUUCGGACAGGUGUACUGAGCGGAAGAGGGCAUCAUGAGAUUUUCGCGGUCCGCGAAAAUAUCGUUGUGAUCGCGUCGGGACAGCUGAAUUGAUCUGCACGCGGCGGGUGCUACCUCUGGAGAAAAUGUCGAGCACACCUCCGGAGCCGGUGAGUCUAGACUCUGACUUGCCGGAGGCCAGAUCAAACCACCUGGCGUUGCGACUGGAACGGGAGGACGCGGAGAAACGCGACGAAACGCGAGUAGGGACAGAGUGCAACGCCGACAGCGAUUGCGAGAGCGACACGAGCGAGGUGUUGAGCGUCGGUAGCGAGCCGACGCCGAGCAGCGUGGUCGGGGUACGCGGCUCCGUCAGAUACGAUCAGGAGUCCGCGAGCAGCCGGGGUGAGUUUCGCGAUGAGGAAAACACGAGAACAUCGGCGACACCGUCGCCGUCCAGCUCCACUAGCUGCAACGACCUCUAUUACCAACGUACACCCGGCAAUCACAUAGCGGCACCGAGUCCACCCGGCUACAGCCAACCACCGUCGUCUCCUACGGCAUCUUCCGUCAGAUCCCCGGCUUCCUCAUCGGCCACUGCCUCGUCUCCAGGUCGGCCGGAAGCCACUCAAGAGGCUAUCGUACCCAGGUACCAAUCCAGUCAUCAGCAACACCUCCUCUCUCGAUACUCCUCCAGGGAAGCCGAGAUUUCCGACUACCCGGCGCGCGUGCAGCACGGCCUAAGCCAUGAGAUCGUUUACCCGACCGUCGAGAGGUUGCACCGCACACCCAUAAGCGUGCCUCUAGUUACGAGACUUUCGUUGUCGCCGCCGUCGGCCAUGACAGUCACCGGGCUCCAGGCAACGACGCCCGUUCUCCAUCCUGCCGCCUGCAGGGACCCACGGGAGGCCACCUCGCUGAUGCCGCACCACAGCCAACACCUGCACCAUGCGAACGCCCACACCACGCAUCUGCAUCAGGGCUCGCAGGUGCAGCAUGUGCCGGCCAAUUCGGUGCACCAGCAUCGGCUGUCGGUCAGCAAGCUCCUGCAGCGAGAUCCCGGCAGCCCGGCCUCACCCGGAGGCACCACCAGGGAGGAGAACGGACGCACCUUGGCCGUCGUCGCCGCGAACGGCCUGCAGAACAGCAUCGGCAACAACGGCAACCACCAUCACCAUCAUCACCAUCACAACAACCACAACAACAACAACAACAAUCUGCAGCAUCAGGCGGGUCUCAAGUUCAGUAUAGACAAUAUUCUCAAGGCGGAUUUCGGCCGGAGGAUCACGGAUCCUAUCUCCUUGAAGAAAUCUCGACCCAAAAAAGUGGUCUCGCGGCCGAUUGAUCUGACCAAGGACUUCUUGGAAUCGUCCUCCGAUACUUCCGAGAGAAACGGCACGGAGACGACAACGACAACCGCGACGACCAACGCGUCUCCCACGGGCGUCUCACCCGGAAACCCGGUACCCAACUCUACCGGAACGACUACCAGCACCGACCCUGGGAAGAUGCUGUGGCCAGCGUGGGUCUACUGCACCAGAUACUCGGACAGGCCUUCCUCGGGACGAAGGCCGUCCCGUGUUCCAGGUCCGCGCACGAGAAGGAUGAAGAAAAUGGGCGACGGACGCGGCGGCGGCACCCCCGAGGAGAAACGUCCCCGGACGGCGUUCAGCGGCGAGCAACUCGCGAGGCUCAAGAGAGAGUUCGCGGAGAAUCGAUACCUGACGGAGCGACGGCGGCAGCAGCUCUCGAGGGAUCUCGGUCUGAACGAGGCGCAGAUCAAGAUCUGGUUCCAGAACAAGAGGGCGAAAAUCAAGAAGGCCAGCGGUCAGAAAAACCCGCUGGCGCUUCAGCUGAUGGCGCAGGGGCUCUACAAUCAUUCGACGGUGCCGCUUACCAAGGAGGAAGAGGAGCAGGCCGCGGAGCUCCAAGCGAAAUGACGAUUAUAAGCGCGUGCGUGCGUGCGAGCGCGAAACCUAGCUCGGUCACUUCGCGGGCCCUGAAUUUCGCAUCUCAGCCCCGUUUUAAAAGGGAGAUCGAGUCACCCUCCGUGUGAGAGGUCUUGCGUCGGAUAAUUUCCCGGAUAAUUGAAAGAGAAAAAAAAAACUCAAGAAAGAAUGGAAUCUAAAAGUGUCGGGUAAUUCAACGCGGAAGUAUACUUUUGCACAUUUCGGUUGGAGGAAGAUUGCAGGAUUUGUUUCAACUGUAGGUCAUCUACGAAACGGACGUUUCCCGCAAAGAUACGCUGGACACUCCAGCGUUAUUGGAAAAUAUCUCUUUCGCUGACUCGCGGGUUUCUCGGAGUAAGUCAUAACCAACCAAAGCGGUGUUAUUUAAGAGGAAACGAAAUGAGUGUACACGUUUUACUUGAAGAAUCGAAUAAAAGGCGAUAAGAGAGAGGUAAAAUUUGCGGAGCGGGAGCCCCAAAGUCCGCGAUCUGUCAUUUCCCUUCCUUACAAUCAAAGACUGGAGUAUUUAUUUCAUUAGACGUACGACUGUAGUACAAUUGGUUGGACGCGUCCGGACGGCAAACGGAUCAACCGGGGGAAUCCUUGUUUUGUAAUUAGAGCUUCCGAUAGGACGACGUUCGGCGUAAGUCGCUCGCCCUCGUUCGUAAUAAUCGCGAGAAGAAAGUCAGUUACCGAGAUGGCCACGCGAAUAAGCUACGGUCGCCGUUCCUUGCCAUCGCUCAGAAAGACGAAAGAAAAAGAAGAAAGAGGAAAAUGAAAUGCCGCGCAUGUUCCUGAAUCGCGACAUUCGAUAUCGUUAAAUUGGAUUUUAUACGAGUAAGUUAAUCCAACGAAAUUUCCCGAAUUAUUUGCCCUUAUAGUUCCCUUUUAUCGAUAAAGAGCGCCUCCAAAGAUGUGACUUGUAAUUAAUAAUAUUAAUUAGGACUUAUGAGCACAUUUAGAAGCACUUUCAUCGACAAAAGUGAGCUUGGAAUAGCGGCGAUAGAAUAUAUACGAUAGAAUAUUGAAUAAUAGUAUUGUCCAGAGAGAAGAAGUUGCUAAUAACAUCGAUAUACAUCAGUGAACAGAAAACAAUUCUACCAGAAUUUCAGCCGGUCCGACUUGAGAAAUGACUCGACUUGGCGCCUACGAAGACAUGCGAUAGCGGUUUAAUCACGAGGGAGAUUAACAAGUGCCAUUUUUUGCAAUUUCUUCAGCAAAGUUAUUUACGCGAAAACGCAGCGAGGCAGGAUCGCCCCUCUCUCUCGUGACAGGCAAAGGAAUCACGAUUGUUAACGAAGGCGAGAAAAGGGAAGAACUUAGCUUUUUCGUUAAUUUAUUGUAAAAAUGUAACAUAUUAUAUAACGCGGCAAAGAAAACACCGGAGUGAUUGCGAUGUGCAAUAGAACAUUAUACAUAGAGAGAGAAAGAGAAAGAGAAAGAGAGAGAGAGAGAGAAGCAAAAAAAAGAUGAAACUAUGUAUAGGUGUAUUGUAUAUGUAAUCCGCGCGGAGCAACGUUGUACAUAAUUUACCAUUUAGCGGCGACAUCGUCCCGAUAGACUGUUUAAAAAAUGUAACUUAGUUAUUUAUUUACCUACGAUAUAUGAGCAGCGUAGCGAGUACGCGCGUGCGUGUAUGCGAAAACGAUCAACGCGAGACGACCGAUGAUAAACUCUUGUAAGAUUUAUUUAAAUUCGAAUUAAAUAUUCCCAUUAUAUAUAUCGA